AUGUCGAACACAUACAAUGUGAAACAAGGUUUGAAAAGGUGUGAUACAGGGACGUUGCUAGAAAGGGACUUUCCAUCGGAGGUUGUGUCUGUCGAUUCGUUAACAUCUAUGAAUGAGAAGUCGCAAAAAGGGCCGGGCGGAGUUGGGCAGCAGCAGCGGCAGCAGCCACGGGGGGUGAUGGUCGGGGGGGGUGAUGAGGUGGGUGGGGGGGCGAGUGGAGGGGAGUACAACAAUGGGGAUGAGGAUACCAUAUAUUUCAAGCCCAAGAAAAUCUAUCGGUUGGAGCAGGAGUCAGCGUCUAGGCAGACGUUGGUGCGGGUGUACUCGGAUACGGAGCGGUCUAAUUUCAAUGAGGUGACUGGGAAGCGGAUGUUUGACGACUGGAAGUACAGGCCUAUCUAUUACAACGAGGAGGUGCAUCACCGGGAUGGGGUUGGCGGGGUUGCUGGGGGGCAUGGGGGGGCACGCGGGGGGGCUGAUGGGUAUGUGCGGAGGAGGUUUUCGAUUUCAGGUUCGAGGGAUGGGAAGCUUUGGUCUGCGUUGGCUUCGGAGACGUCUGGGCACAUGGGGGUGGAUGAUGCUGCGUUUGGGGACAUGCAGGAUGAGUAUAUCCCAGACCUUGAUUUUGCAGAUGCGGUGCGGAGGUGGCAGGCGGAGGAGGACAUGAAGGAUUCGUCGGUACCGCUGACGCGAUAUAAUGUGUGGUCUGAGGAUGAGUCUGAUUUCAAUUUGGACAGUGCGUCGUCGUCGAUUAUCAUUGAGUCCAGCCAUGCGCAGGUUUCGCCGAUUCCGUUUCCCAACUCUGCGGGGAAGUCUCCGCAUAGCGCUGCGAAUUCGUUGUUGACGCUGAACAAGGCUCUUGGUCAUCGGGUUAGCUCUCGUAUUUUCUCGCCCAGUAAUAUCGAGAAUAAAUACAAGCGGCACAAGUCUAUGUAUGACUGGGGGUCUCUUCUGUCGAUGAGCUCUACUGGCUCGAUUGCGGAAAAGUUUAGCCAGGAGGAUAUCAAGGCGGUGAAGCAGAAGAUCCCGGAUGACUUUUUGUCGUUGCCUUAUACGCAACGGAAGAAGAUAUUGGUCGAAAUUGCACCUGAUAAAGAUUACAAGACUAUAAUGUCCUUAUUUAAAAAAUACAGUCUGGGUGGGAGCAACAGUUUUACGCACUUGAGUAACCAAGGUUCCAGAAGAUCGCGCCAUGGCUCUAUGGCAUCGCAGUAUUUGAGUUCUUUCACUCCGUCGUCGGCUUCGUUCAAGCCAGAUGAAAGAGGAACUGUUGUUUUGGGCCACAGGUUAGGAAAGAUCAUUGGGUUUGGCGCGUGGGGUAUGAUCAGAGAUUGUUAUGAUGUUAAAGAGAAUUUUAUAAUUUCUCCGAGCGAUGCUCCGCCUGAGACUACAAAGGCCAUCAAAAUUGUCAAAUUUAAAAACAAUAAAAAGGUCAAGAUGCAAGUCUUGAGGGAGAUCUCAAUUUGGAAAAAAUUGCAUCAUCCAAACAUUUUAGCGUUGCUCAAUUGGAAACUAGAGGACGAUUAUGCUGCGUAUUGUCUAACUGAAAAAAUUCAGGAUGGAACCUUGUAUGAUUUGGUUAGUUCUUGGGGCGAGUGUGUCACAACGACUAUUCCUUUGAAUCGUAGAUGCCAAUAUACUAUAGCAUUAUCACUUCAGAUUAUUUCAGCUUUGAAAUACAUGCAUUCGAACUACAUAGUACAUGCUGAUAUAAAGCUUGAGAACUGUUUGUUAGAAAGAAUCAGCGAUGAUUCAUGGAAAGUUUAUGUCUGUGAUUUUGGCAUGAGUUGCCAUUAUAAGAAUGUACGAGUGAAUGAUGAUGAUGAAUCUUAUGACCCUGAUGAAUCUAUUGAAUUUACAUCUGUACUUGACGGGAAAGUCGUCACUACAAAGCUCCGACCAACCGUUCCGAAGUCGUCUUCUAAUAGUGGUUUGAAACCCCUAACAAAACUACAAAAAAUGAUAAAAAGUAAACAAUUAACACAUGAUGAUACACCUCUAGGCAUUUCUGCCUUCCCAAAACAAUAUGGCCCUUCGUUAACUAGUACUGUAAUGUCACCAUCUUUAUCCUCAUGGAAACAUGGCUCCCCUAAUGGCCGUAAUGACUUAACUAAUGAAAAGUCCGAUAAAGCUGAAACAAAUAACGAUAAUUGUAGUCCUAAAGGCAUGGAACCUCACUCACAUAUAGGCUCUUUGCCUUACGCCGCUCCUGAAUUGAUUUAUCCAAGUCCUCCUCCAUUGGGACCGAGCGCUGAUAUAUGGGCGGCAGGCGUGACUAUGUACGCCAUGUUGACUGGCAAAUUGCCGUUUAAACAUGAAUACGAACCUAGAUUGAGAGCCAUGAUCUCAUCUGGUAAGUAUGAUAUAGAUCUACUACGGUCCGUUUGUAAUGGGCGCAUUGAAGAUAGCGUUGAAUCAUAUGAUGUAGAGGUGCAAUUCCAUGGAUUGUACAACGCUGUUCGCGGUUGCUUAACUAAAGAUAUGACACAGAGGUGGGAACUAGAUAUGGUUGAUGUAGUUUUGAAGAAUGAUGAUCAUCGUAACUGA